CAUUUUCUCCACUCUCCUUCACUUUCCCUUCUCCAUAACCUUCUCUGAUCUCUCUCACCUCUGUUGAUGAUCAUGGCGGUGGAAACCUUCAACAUGAUCAGGAUGAAUGAACACACAGCCAUACAAGAAGCUGCUUCAGCUGGCUUAAACAGCAUGGAGCAUCUCAUCCGAAUCCUCUCUUCUCAAACCCCUUCUUCUUCAACUCCAUCAUCAUCUCACAGAAACAACAACAACAACAACCUCGACUACUCCGAAAUCACCGACUUCACUGUCUCCAAGUUCAAACAUGUCAUCAACCUCUUGAACCGCACCGGCCACGCCCGAUUCCGCCGCGCACCACCACAACCACAACCUCAAACUCAGAUCAAAGGCUUAACUCUAGAUUUCGCUAAACCCACCAACAAGGACGACACCCUCACCAUCUCCACCACCAACACCAACUCCUCCUCCUUCAAAUCCUCCAUCACCGCCGACGGCAGCGUCUCCGACGGCAAGAUCGGCCCCUUCUUAACUCCAGCUGCCAAGCCACCUCUCUCCACCUCUCACCGGAAAAGAUGUCACGACGCCGCCGCACUCUCCUCCGGCCCUUGCCAUUGCUCCAAGAAAAGGAAAUCACGAGUGAAACAAACGAUCCGUGUACCGGCGGUGAGCUCGAAAAUCGCCGAUAUCCCACCGGACGAGUACUCAUGGAGGAAGUAUGGUCAGAAACCGAUCAAGGGUUCACCUUAUCCUCGGGGCUACUACAAGUGCAGCACCGUGAGAGGGUGUCCGGCGAGGAAGCACGUUGAGCGAGCUCAGGAUGAUCCCAACAUGCUGAUAGUGACUUACGAGGGCGAGCACCGCCACCAGCAACAGCAAACCGCCGUCGGUUUUAGCCUCCGGUCAAACUGAGCUGAUCCACGGCGUCGUUUUGGAAACUCCGUCAUCGGCACCGUUAAAGUGGGUCCCUCAUUCCGUGACGGUAACGGCGGCCCCGGCUGGCUUUUACGGUGAAGCGUCAAAACAAAGGUUUUGAACUAACGGUGGAACAAACGGAGCAAAAGUCAACUUUCUCAUUGUAGAGAGUUUGACGGAGUUGUGUAAAAGUGGGUGAGGACUUUUGUGUAAAUUCACUAUAUUGGACCCAAAAAAUGAAUAUAUCUUUUUUUUUCUUUGGCAUGUUGGGAAUUAUUUUUCUAUUUAUUGAAAGAAAAUUGUCAAAUUUGAUGAUGAA